AUAAUAUGACCAAAGUCUAGGAAAAAAAUAACUAAGAAAUUGGAAGAUGGAAUCAAAAACGAAAUUCCGCAGCGUUAUGGGCAGUAUCAUCUAGCCUGACGAAGCCAGCAAGCGAACAAAGUUUUCCGAUAGAAACAGAACAUAACUCAAGAUGACAAACCUAAAAAAGCAAAUUUUGUGUGGCUUGUUAUUAGUGGUUUUAUCCACUCUGUGUUUCGCACACAACUCGAACUCUGGCCAGGAAUUUUUCUUCAGGAGCCUGGUAAACCAUUUCCCACAACUACAAGAUCAAGGCUGGACAUAUGAUAAUGUGGGCAACUAUUGCAAUCUUAAUGGGGUAGUCUGUAACGAAGAUAAUCAAGUAAGAGAGAUAUAUUUGAACGUUGACAAAUUGAAGAAUUCGAGCGGUUUCAUCAAAAAUGUGUGCCAAAGUGCAAAGAAUGAAAUAAGCAAGGCUUACAGAAACAGCAAACGAGCCGGUCAUCCUCAUUUGAACAUAGACGUACAAGAUGAAAUGGUCAUGAAUCUCCUACAGUACUGCAAUUUUAUUCCCAGUAUUGAAAAACUAGUUAUUUAUGACAACAAUGAUCAAUUAGAGUGCUACAAUGAAGGCUUCAAUGGCUUGCGUUUCCCAUGCUACAUAUCUGGAAACAGUAUGCCUGAGUGCAACGAUCAUGACUGCAAGAUUUACUUCAGAAGCCGACCAAACCAAGAUGCGGUAAUCAAAGCGAGCUCUAAGUUCUACGAUCUAAGUGAUGUCGGAACGCCCGUAACGCUCAGCGCUGUAAAUCAAAACAGUAACAUAAACACGACACCAGUUGAAUUGAAGCGUGUUGAACCACCCCCACAAGAUACUGUUCCUCUCAGCUUAACGAGAGUUCCUUUCCAAGAAAUUCAAACCGCUACUACGAAUACGGCGACGGUAGAGACCACUUUCGUCCCUGUCGGUUUUCAAACGGUCCAAGUUCCAGUGGCUCAAGCUGUCGUUCCAGUGACUCAAGCUGAUGUCAUUCCUGCAACCCCUGUUGACGUUGUACCUGUAGAAGUUAUUCCAGUUGUACCUAUUGCACCUGUUGCGCCUCCUGUAGAACCUGUCGUUAUUGAACCUAUUCCUCAAGAACCUAUUCCUCAGGCUAUCCCUGUUGCUCCAGUCCCACAAGAACCUAUUUCUCAGACUAUCCCUGUUGCUCCAGUCCCACAAGAACCUAUUUCUCAGACUGUCCCUGUUGCUCCAGUCCCACAAGAACCUCUUCCUCAGGUUGUCCCUAUUGCUCCAGUCCCACAAGAACCUCUUCCUCAGGUUGUCCCUGUUGCUCCAGUCCCACAAGAACCUAUUCCUCAGGUUGUCCCUGUUGCUCCAGUCCCACAAGAACCUCUUCCUCAGGUUGUCCCUAUUGCUCCAGUCCCACAAGAACCUAUUCCUCAGGUUAUCCCUGUUGCUCCAGUCCCACAAGAACCUAUUCCUCAGGUUAUCCCUGUUGCUCCAGUCCCACAAGAACCUAUUCCUCAGGCUAUCCCUGUCGAACCUAUAAAGCCUGAAGCUAUUCAUAUCAAUCCGAUAAGCAUAGAGAUCAUUCCUUCGCCUGUCAAUGAAGAGCCUAUAGUGAUCGAUGCCAUUCCUAUUGAUAUUGUCCCAGUUCAGCAAGUUGUUGAACCAGUUGUUCAGCCAGUUGUUCAGCCAGUCGUUGAACCAGUUGUUCAGCCAGUUGUUCAGACACACGCGAGACAGAUUGUUCAGCCAGUUGAAACGGCUGUUACCCAAGUACCUCAAGCAAACCCAGUUGUUUUGGCCUCUAGUGCGAUAUCGACAAAUAUUGGCUUGUUGAGCUACAGCAUUUGGCCCAUGAUCAUCGCAUCCUUCAUUAUUAAUUUUGAAUCUGUUUCUAGUAUCAUGCAGUAGAGAGAUAACUCUUGGCCUCGAAAAAAGAAACUGAAAAGGUAAAUUGACCGAGAUAGUUAAACUUGAUCGAAUGAAUCACAAAAGGAUGAAAAUGUUCACUAUUCCUUAAUAAGUUAUGGAUAGUUUUAAAUGACUAAAUGUAGUAGUAAAUACCCCAUACGAAUAAACGCAAAAAAAUAUGUUUUGUUUCGA